AUGAUUCAAAAAUUUACAUGUGUACCUGCUACUGACUAUGAUGUCAUUGUUGUAUCCAAUGGAACUAAGAGUCAAAUUCAAUCUAAAGUAGCUGUUGCAAAACCUGCUAGAAUAACGUAUUUACACGAUUUACCAUCCUUGAGUUCAUAUCUUUCCGAAGUGCCCAAUUUUACUGGGAAAAUCAUAUUUAUGUUUUUUGAUGGGGUUCAAUAUAUUCAAGAUUUUAUCUGUGAUGCCAUAGACCUUUAUGGUAAAACUCCAUUUUCUUUAGUUCAAAAUGCUUACUUUUAUUUUGAUAAACUUGAGAAUGACCCUGUAAACUUAGAUCUUCAAUUCAAUACUGUUGCUGUUAUAGUCAAUGAUGUGUUGAAAAAGUCAAACUUCAUGUUAGAUAGGGUCCGUGGUGUUUAUAUCGAUGAUCUACUGUUGGUUGGUGAUAGAAGUUUUUCGAUGAAAAGAUUGAUCUGCAAUUUCCCAAAUGUAGAAAAGUUUGUUUUACAAAGCAAUGCCAAAAUUACAUUUUGA